AAAUCAACCCGAGCCGGUAGGAUUCCGGCUCCCGCGGCUGCAGGCGCGCGGCGCGAGUGCCUGGCGGCUUCCCGCUUCCGUGUCCGCCCCGGCCCCGGCCCCGGCCCCGGGCCCCGCUCCCGCUUCGGCCUCAGCACCGCUCCCCGCUCCGCCGCGGCCCAUCGAGCCCGGCGGGCCGCCGAGCCGCCAGAGCCGGCCGCCGAGCUCCGUGUGCCCGGGCGGGGGGCCAUGCCGUGUCGGAGGGAGGAGGAAGAGGAAGCCGGCGAGGAAGCGGAGGGGGAGGCGGAGGAGGAGGAGGAGGAGGACAGCUUCCUCCUGCUGGAGCAGUCGGUGACGCUGGGCGGCUCGGGCGAGGUGGACCUGCUGGUGGCCCAGAUCGGCGAGGCGCUGCAGCUGGACGCGGCUCAGGACAGCCCGGCCUCCCCGUGCGCGCCCCCGGGGCCGCCGCUGCAGCCCCCGCGGCCCCCGGCGGCCGUGCGGGCGGACAAGGCCCGGCCCCCUGCGCUGCCACUGCUUCUGCCGCCCGCGCCGGCCGAGGCGGUGGGCCCGGCGCCCCCGGGGGCCCUGCGCUGCGCCCUCGGGGACCGCGGCCGCGUGCGGGGCCGGGCUGCGCCCUACUUCGUGGCCGAGCUCGCCGCAGGCCCCAGCGCUCUGUCCCCUCUGGCCCCUCAUCCCGGCCUUGAUGGGCCUUCGGGAGCCAACAAGCGGGGCGCCCCGCAGCCGCUGUCCGGCCCGUGCCGGCGAGGUUGGCUGCGAGGCGCCGCCGCCUCCCGCCGCCUGCAACAGCGACGCGGGACCCAGCUCGAAUCCCGCACCGGCGACGACGAUCCGCACCGGCUCCUGCAGCAGCUGGUGCUCUCGGGGAACCUCAUCAAGGAGGCUGUGCGGAGGCUUCAUUCGCGACGGCUGCAGUUACACGCAAAGCUUCCCCAGCGCCCGCUCACGGGGCCUCUGUCGGCCCCAGUGCAUGAGCCCCCUUCGCCCCACAGCCCUCGCGCGGCCUGCAACGACCCCGGCGCGUCCGGGAGGAGGGCGCAGCUCAAAACUGGCGACGGCGUUCUGGUACCUGGCAGCUAACACCCCGAGUGGCCACAGUGCCAGCCUCUGCCUGGAGGGCAAGGGAUUCCGCUGAGGGCUGCAUCCCUGUUCAGACUGGUGAACUCGCGCAGUUGGAAACGGGAAAAUAAGCUAAUGCAGACGAGGAAUGGAAAAACCGCGAAUAUUUCCUUGGGGAAUUAAUGGAGGGCUCCAGUGUGUUUGCAACAGCUUGGUUGGCCCUAUUUGUGAGGCAGAUUACAGAGCGCACUCCCAGCUCACAUUCAGUAGGACUCCUUAUUUGGCUUGACCAGCCCCGGCAGUGCAGCUUGCAGUUCCACGCAGCCUCUCGGAGACCUUCAGCCCGGCGACCAUGUGGCCACACUCCACGCUUCUCGGGAUCGCCGAGCGUCUGAAAGACGAGGAUGAUCCCAGUUACUUUACCUUUUCAGGGCUGGUUCCUGAUCCACUUUGGGGGAGGGGAACAUGAGUAGACCGUCAUUUCAGGGAGAACCUCAAACUGCCAGACUUGAAAAUUUGUGACUCUUAAAAAAAAAAAAAAAACGCAUCUCAUGUCUUUUGGGUGCUGGUUCUUAAUACAAAACACGCGGUACCAUGAAAGGACUUUUUGGGAGUUGAAUAGGAGUAACGUUUUCUCUGUCCCCCGUUUUGCAACUGGCUGCGGUUCUCAGCGUGGCAGGGAAAGGUGUGCGAGAUUGGCACGGGAGGCGGGGGCGGGCGGUGCUGGGGAAAGGUAAGGUGGGACGUGGAGUGAACCCUCCUUCCUCUCUAAAAUAUUUUCACAGCCGUCCCUCUCCUCCUCGGGUUCAAGGUCACUGUUUUCCUGAGCGCAGGCAGGGUUCCGGGGUUCCAGUAGAGCAGAAGAGUUGCCGGGUUCUGCCUGUACUCCGGAGAAGAGCUCGGUGUUUUGCAAGUACUGGAGUCUCCUAAGGACACGCGCACCGCGGCCACCGCGGGUAUGGGGAGGCGGGGACGUGACGGGCGCCGGUGCCUUCUGCGGGCAGCCGCGCCCUGGGCUUUCACAGAAACUGCCCAGAGUCUUAGCCUCGGGUCCCUGCGCUCCCCCCACGGCUCUGCUGUCCUACUCCAAGUGGGUGGCGCUGGUGCUCCUUGGGGCCAGGGCUGGGGGCUGGGGAGACGCCACGUGACGCGCACUCCGGGGACACAGCCUCGCACAGCAGCUUAUAAUGGACUCUCCGGGGCCAUUUGCAAUAACAGCUGCAAUUCCCUGGAUAGACGGAGUUGAUUUCCUCCCUCUGCCCCUCCCCCAGGCAUGCCAGCUCGCCUUUGUAAGUGAAGGAAACCGAGUAGAAAAUGUGACCCUCCAAACGGAGAAGCUGCAGGCUUUGCCAUUGUGAAUCGUGGUAAAGUGCUUUAACAUACUGUUCACUUACUCUGAGGGAUCUAAAACCGUUUUGUGGGUGUUUUAGUUUUAUAAGAUUCAAUGGCUUGUUCAUCAUCCAGAUGUGGCUAUUGACAUAUCUACACUUCGCACCGGAGUGUCUGGAAUUGUGGCUUAUCCUGAUUGUAGGAUUUUAACUUAACUGAAAUACUUGUUUUCAAUAAAUGCGUUGGGUUUUUUGUUGGGUUUAUUGUUGGGUUUUAUCUUCUACUUGCCCUCGGUGCGAAAGAUGCAGAGAACACAUUUCUCUAAUCCAUAAACCUUAAAAACACUUGAAAUCCUUGUCGGCCUGCCUUGUGGAUGGUAAUUAGAGCGCCUUUGUGUCUGAGCGGCUCACUAGUUAAGCAGGGUCUG